UCGUUGUCGUAUUUCUCUUUCUUCUUCUUCUUUCUUACUUUCUUCUUCUUCUUCUUCUGCUUCUUCUUCUCUCUCUCUCUCUCUCUCUCUCUCUCUGUUCUGGGGGUUUCAGUGCUGUUUCGAGCCUUCGCGAUCCGGUGAUUAUUUAUACUAUUCGUCAGUUUCUUUCUCAGAUAGGACGAUGGAAGUUACCCAGGUUCUUUUAAAUGCACAAUCAGUUGAUGGAACUGUGCGGAAGCAUGCAGAAGACAGCUUGAAACAGUUUCAGGAGCAAGAUCUUUCCCUUUUCUUGGUAUCUCUCUCUGGUGAGCUAUCAAACGAGGAGAAACCUGUUGAAAGCCGUAAAUUAGCAGGUUUGAUACUUAAGAAUGCCUUGGAUGCUAAGGAACAACAUAGAAAGCUCGAGCUUGUUCAGCGAUGGUUGUCACUGGAUGCUGCUGUGAAGACCCAGAUUAAGACAUGCUUGUUACAAACCCUUUCCUCACCUUCGGGAGAUGCUCGGUCAACUGCAUCUCAAGUGAUUGCAAAGAUCGCAGGCAUUGAAUUACCUCAGAAACAGUGGCCAGAACUGAUAGGAUCACUUCUUUCAAAUAUUCACCAGUUGCCAGCUCAUGUGAAGCAAGCCACCUUAGAGACUCUGGGGUAUUUGUGUGAGGAAGUGUCUCCUGAUGUUAUAGACCAAGACCAAGUAAAUAAAGUACUCACUGCGGUAGUUCAGGGUAUGAAUGCAUCUGAAGGGAACAAUGAUGUAAGACUUGCUGCUACACGGGCAUUGUACAAUGCUUUGGGAUUUGCUCAGGUAAAUUUUAGCAAUGAUAUGGAGCGUGAUUAUAUCAUGAGGGUUGUCUGUGAGGCAACUCUAUCCCCUGAAGUGAAGAUAAGACAGGCAGCUUUUGAAUGUUUGGUCUCUAUUUCUUCGACUUACUAUGAAAAAUUAGCUCCUUACAUCCAAGACAUUUUUAACAUAACAGCAAAGGCUGUUAGGGAAGAUGAGGAAGCUGUUGCUCUUCAAGCCAUUGAAUUCUGGAGUUCGAUUUGUGAUGAGGAGAUAGAUAUCCUGGAAGAAUAUGGAACUGAUUUGAUUGGGGAUUCAGGUAUUCCUUGCUUUUAUUUUAUCAAGCAGGCACUCCCUGCUCUUGUCCCGCUGCUGUUGGAGACACUUCUUAAACAAGAAGAGGACCAGGAUCAAGAUGAAGGGGCUUGGAAUAUAGCAAUGGCUGGUGGCACAUGCCUUGGUUUGGUUGCACGUACUGUUGGAGAUGAUAUUGUUCCACUAGUUAUGCCAUUCAUUGAAGAGAACAUAACAAAACCAGAUUGGAGACAAAGAGAAGCAGCUACCUAUGCUUUUGGCUCCAUCUUAGAAGGUCCUUCAGCGGACAAGUUGACACCCAUUGUGAAUGUGGCUUUAUCGUUCAUGCUCACUGCUCUAACAAAUGACCCGAACAACCAUGUGAAGGACACUACAGCUUGGACAUUGGGUAGAAUUUUUGAAUUCCUCCAUGGUUCAACUAUGGAUACACCAAUAAUUACCCAAGCGAACUGUCAACAGAUCAUCACGGUUCUUCUUCAGAGCAUGAAGGAUGUCCCAAAUGUUGCUGAGAAGGCCUGUGGUGCACUUUAUUUUCUUGCUCAGGGUUAUGAGGAUAUGGGUCCAUCAUCUCCUCUAACUCCUUUUUUCCAGGAGAUCGUUCAGUCACUUCUUACUGUUACCCACAGAGAAGAUGCUGGGGAAUCACGAUUGAGGACUGCUGCAUAUGAAACAUUGAACGAAAUAGUGAGGUGCUCAACGGAUGAAACUGCUCCCAUGGUUUUGCAAUUGGUUCCUGUUAUCAUGAUGGAAUUGCACAAGACUCUUGAAGGGCAGAAGCUUUCAUCUGAUGAGAGGGAGAAGCAGGGUGAAUUACAAGGGCUUCUCUGUGGGUGCUUGCAAGUCAUUAUUCAGAAGCUAGGGUCAUCAGAGCCAACUAAACAUGUCUUUAUGCCGUUUGCAGAUCAGAUAAUGGGACUCUUUCUGAGGGUAUUUGCUUGUAGAAGUGCCACAGUGCAUGAGGAGGCUAUGCUUGCAAUUGGAGCCCUUGCAUAUGCAACGGGGCCAGGUUUUACAAAAUACAUGCCAGAGUUUUAUAAGUAUAUUGAGAUGGGCCUUCAGAAUUUUGAGGAGUACCAAGUCUGUGCUGUUACUGUCGGUGUUGUAGGAGAUAUAUGCAGAGCAUUGGAAGAUAAAAUUCUGCCUUAUUGUGAUGGUAUUAUGAGCCAGCUCCUUAAGGAUUUAUCAAGUAACCAGUUGCACCGCACUGUCAAGCCUCCCAUAUUUUCUUGCUUCGGUGAUAUAGCUUUGGCGAUAGGUGAGAGCUUCGAGAAGUACUUGAUGUAUGCCAUGCCUAUGCUUCAGAGUGCGGCAGAGUUGUCAACCCAAGCAUCUGGUGCUGAUGAUGAAAUUACGGAGUACACGAAUACUCUGAGAAAUGGAAUCUUGGAAGCAUAUUCUGGGAUUUUCCAAGGGUUCAAGAAUUCUCCAAAAACUCAGCUCUUGAUUCCUUAUGCACCAUACAUCCUGCAGUUCCUGGAUAGUAUAUAUAUGGAAAGAGACAUGGAUGAUCUUGUGAUGAAAACUGCCAUUGGAGUCCUUGGUGACCUAGCAGAUACACUGGGAAGUCAUGCAGGUUCCUUGAUACAGCAGUCUCUGUCAAGCAGAGACUUUUUAAAUGAAUGUCUGUCCUCAGAAGACCAUUUUAUUAAAGAAUCGGCUGAAUGGGCAAAGUUGGCCAUCAACCGUGCCAUUUCUGUUUGAGGCCACUGCCACAUAGCAUAUUUGCAUCAUUUUAGAAGUCCCUGCAUGCAUGCAUUUUGGUGCGUCGAGUUUGGUCUGCGAUUGCAUGUGUCAAGUCAUGGCCAUUUUCAGACAUCAGAAGCCUGUCAGUCAGUCUUCAAGUUGUCACUAACUCUUGCAUCAUCACACAAAUAUUUUCACUAACUAUUGCAUUUGCACCAUGGAGUUGGAUUCUGAUUUUGUCAGGAAGGGUGGGUGGUCAUGGUUUUUUGCGGAUAAGGGUAAACUACUCCAGCAAGAAAACGGAUAAAUUUUGAGUAUCAUGGAGGAUUUCCGUCGCUAAGAUUUGGAGGUAAGUGUCGUCUGAUUGUACAAAUCUGGUAGCUGGUGGUUCACUGGAUAUUUAAUGACAUAGCAAAUGAGAGAUGUGUGCUACCAUAGCUGUGGUUUCCUCCAAAUUGAUUUUGUUUCUUGGAUUGGAUAUGAAUGAAAAAAUUGGUUCAGGGUCAUAUCAGUGCCACUACCUAUUUGUGCAACAUUCCAGAUCGACUCCUUGGGAAGUUUUCAUUCCUGAAUUUUGCCCCAUCCUUUACUAAUGUUUGCAUCGAGUCCUCAUUAUGUUGGUUUAUCUGACUAAUUUUUGUAUACUUAUUUGGGUUUGAGGGUCAGUCCAGGUCCGGCCCAACUUUAUUUGUGGCCUUAUGUGAAAAAAAAAGGGGCCUUUUAUAUAGAUUUUCUUUUUUGGUAAUAUUGAUUAAUUUAUGUCAACAUUGUAUUUAAUUAAAUAUAUUGUUCUUGCUUUGUUUUGGAUAUAUGAAGGAUAAAAUUUAUUAAA